GCCUGUGGUGCUGAAGAGCAGAGACAGACAGAGACACGGUACUCUCUGUCGCUGCGGGCGCCACAUUACAAUUAUACGCUUAAAUAGGCCUAUUAAAUCCACCUUAAACACAUGACCCACACUUGUGACAAAUCAACCAGGUGACAGAGAAGAAAUUGGGUAAAAUCAUGCGAACAAGUCUGGAGUUUUGUGGUAAACGGGGUUUUUAGUUCUGGUAAUCUGAUCGUGUCCACGGGUUUUCCCCCGGGCCGGUUAUACAACAGGUCUGUGAUCACGACGACCGGAUGGAGCCACGGCAGCUGACUCAUACCGGGCAUUGCAGAGAGUGAAUCUUUCUCACUUAACAGCGUGUUAUUGCCAUCCGGGCAUUGUGUCCUCCGGAAAUGUUCCUCUGUAUGCUCGGGAAGAUGUGAUCGUCGGUGUAAAUGGACAGUAUAAAGAAAUAAAGCUUUUUUCCCUCGCUUUAUUAGACGGAACAUGGCGGAGACUGUCAAAACGGGAGGCGACUGUAACGCCGACUCGUUUCCCAUCGAGGAGUACGAGUGUAAAAUAUGCUACAACUACUUCGAUUUGGGGUGUCACACUCCCAAACUGCUGGGCUGCUCCCACACUUUCUGCCGGGUGUGCCUCGAAACUCUGCACUCCCGGGAGGGUCGAGGAUGGAGAAUCGAUUGUCCUGUGUGUCGGCACCGUACCCCUGUGCCGGAAUAUCUGGUUCACAACCUCCCCGACAACACCUCACUGACCCAGGCGCUCCCGCUGAUUAAGCAUGUGAACGCACCAGACACAGAGGACCAGACAGGUCCAACCGUCUCCUCUGCGACCUCCCAGGAGAGCAACGGCAGCUGUCAGACUUGCAAACAUGUUGCGUUUACGACGGUUUGUGUGUGCGCCAUCUUCUCCUUCUUGUCCACGGUGGUGCUGUUAUUUCUGGGCCUCAUCUUUGUACAUAACUUCAAUAACACCGUCGGCCAUGUCUGCCUGCUUGUUGCCAGCGUCCUCGCCCUGUUCUCGCUCAUCCUCACUUGGUUAAUGUGCAUGUUGAAUUACCGGCCUGAAACAGAAGCAAGCCAUUUCAGUUCCCUCAACUCUAAUAUAACGUAACGCUCUGGCUGCACCUGGGAUACAUAAACUUAGCCUGGUCAGUGUAAUAAAAUGGAAAUCUCUUUAUUUAUUCCAAUGUGCUUAGACUAGACAUCUUUAUAGAUGCCUUAGCCAGUGUCUGUGAGCAUAGUUGAAUGACUGUACAGACUCUGACCGAACUGAUCACAUCAUAAUGAGCUUUCGACUAUCUAUCGGCUGCUUUCUUCAGCAAUAAAUGAUGGAUGUAGUAGUAUCCAAUAAAUGAAAUAUAGAACAUUUAAAGCUUUAGAUUGGCAAUGUGUGACCAGUUUCAGUUAGGUCAGAGCAGUUUCUGAGAGCCUCUGUGAAAAUCACAGUGAGGCAUUUGAGGUUAAUUUGCCUUCUCAGGUUAAUUUAUAUUUAUCUAUAUAGCAACUUUUUGCACAGCUCUAUGCUCCACUUUUUUAAAAUUGGAUGACUAUGAGCAUCCUGACUCAUGCAAAACUUGAUGAUGAUGAUGAUGAUGAUGGUAUACUCUGUGGUCCACAAAACAUUUCAGUGACAUCAUCUAAAGUCAACUACAUGAGUUUGGAUGAGUAGAUCUACAGUAUGUGUGAAGCUUCAGUACUGCAUACUGUUUGUGUUGCCUUCACAGAAUGUACCUUUUGUAUGCAACUCUUCAUUUUUGCACUUGUGUGAGUAAAGUCAAAAUGUGAUGCUGUAUGUGGAGGCAUGUUAUGCUAUGACAAAUGCUUACAUAUAAGGGUAAAAGAUCCCCAAAAGAGCACUGCAACUUUGUCUUGUUAAUGGAAACAUUAGCAGACACUGACUGGAAUAAUAAGAUUGCUCAUUACAACAGCUCCCCCUACUCUCCUCCCACACCUGUUUGCUGCAUUGAAUAUUUGCCAAGUUUCAUAAGGCGCUUGGAGGCCACUGCACGAGUAGGUAUCCAUGCAUGUGUAUGUAUACGUGUCAAGCUGUUGGUAUGUGACUGAUUUAUUAUGAUCUUCUUGCUCCACCACCGUUUCUAACAACAACACCUAUUGUGCCAGUGACAGAACCUGCUUAUGCCAUAACUACCACUGUGUGAUUACACUGACUCCCCGUGGUGGACCGAGUCAGCAGGGGAUCCCAGGCCAAUGACCCUGAGGGGACAUGAGCCUUCACAAGAUGAGAGAAAUAACUUUGGGGUAGGGGGGCCAAAAUAAGUAGUGUUGUAAAGCAGUGAGACAAUGGAAGUGUAGAUGACCUCCUAGGGGUCUUAAAUCAUCUGAUGGGCUUAGGUUUGCUUUCCCAAGUCAUAUAAACUGCAAGAAGAUAUAAACUUCCACUAAUGACUUGGUCCACGCCCAGAUCACUCUCAAAGGUGUUAGGUUACAGGGAAGCAUGCAAUAAAAGAGUGCUUAAUUGACUUUUUUUUUUUUUGUGGAUUUGGUUCAUAAAAAUAAGAAACAACACUUCUCACCUAUCAUUUCCUAUAUUUAAGGGGAUAUGAAAAUGAAAUUGCAGCAGUCACUUUACUGGGUUUGGGUUAUUAGAUCAUGAUUCACAAAGAUGUCUACUUUUGGUUUAGGAAUCAGCUGAAUCCAAAUAACACAGUAGGCAUUUAUCUCGACUUAUUGUUGUUUCAAGAGGCGACACUGGUCUCAGGAGUUAAAAUCCAUCUCUUUCAGGUCUCUCAAAGGGACUCCUUCAUUUGGUCAUCCAGUUGGUGAGUAAUGCCACUUAAAUGCCACCGUGACAAAAGCUUGAGAAAAAAGGAGGGGUGGCAGGCUUCCACUGGGAGCCACAGGCAACACUGUGUCUGGGGCAGAGAGCUUCAUUUCAGAGGGACUGCAGGG